AUGUUGCUCCGUUGGCUGAUAAUCGCACUCGUUCACGGUGUCUGGGCUAACCUUGAGGACGGGCGGUGUGUGACGGCUGUCUACACGGCUUACAAGUACAUCUCGUUUGCUGGCGUUCCCACAAAAGGCAAAGACAUCUGGCUCUCGCAAUGCCGGAAUCCGCUCAAAGUCGCAUCGAUAUACGCUGCGUCCGAGAUAUAUUGCAAUGAGAGGGAACGAGCGACGGGCUUGACUCAACUGGCUGACCAGUGCCAAGAAUUUGGGAAUUUAGAGCUGCUCUCGAGAGAAGCCGUUGCGGAGAACAUAACAGAGGAUGCAAUAAGAAAUAUGAAAACGGUCGACUAUCAAGAGUUGUCCCGGAGCGAGCCAGCUGACGCCCCUAUCCUUCUUUCUGCGUCAUACUUUGACCUUAUGUUCAAUACGAUUGUGAGACUCUUUGUGCCUUUUUGGGAUAUAAUUGGUCUCAAGCUUAUCGACAUCCUAGGAAUCUUGGGAAUUCGAAACUUGGUCACAUCAUGCAUUCAGUUACGUCGGAUAUGCAUAUUGGGGUGGCAUACUGUCACUGGGGAUGGCCCAUCGCUUGACCGACACCACCGCCGACAACGCCGUGCAGAGCGCGCACUUGAAACUAAUGUGUACCCUCUCAUAAAGUUUUCAGAAAAUAUCCCGCUGGUGGGGACGUGUCUUCACUGGAUCCAGACUCAUCUGAUAAUUCCAGCCCCUUUGGCAACAACACAUGGUCGACGCCUGCUAGGCUUCACAUUCCCUACCAGAGUCGAGGCGCUUAUAGUCAUAGGAUUUUGGACAAUAAGCAUCGUAUUAAGUGUCAUGGGGUAUCGCACCUUUCCAGGAAAUAUCUACUGGCCUGAUAUCCCAAGCCAGAUUCUGCGCUACUCUGCAGAUCGCACUGGAAUCAUGGCGUUUGCGAAUCUGCCCCUUUUAUGGCUUUUUGGGGGUCGAAAUAAUAUCUUUCUGUGGGCUACCGGGUGGAGCUUUGCAUCGUUCAAUAUAUUCCAUCGACAUGUGGCCCGGGUGGCUACAGUACAGGCAGCAGUGCACUCCAUUCUGUAUGUUGUUAUGUUUAUUCAAACUGGCAAAGCUUGGAGAGGUCUCUCGAAAACCUAUGUCUUGUGGGGUAUUUUGGGCACAUUUGUCAUGAUUCUGCUUUUGAUCACCUCAUUGGAUCGAAUUCGCAUUGCGACAUAUGAGCUCUUCUUGAUUGCUCAUGUCGUGCUUUCGAUUAUCGCUCUGAUCGGCCACACGGUUGUGUUCGAAGGGAAUGAAUACUGGAAGUACCUGUGGCCCUCGGUAGCUUUAUGGGUCGUUGAUCGCUUCCUUCGAAUCGUGCGACUGUGCUACUGUAACCUUUACGUGAGUACUUCAAAUGGAAGAAUUGCAAGAGUGUCUAUGAGCCGCAUGGCUUACGACAAAGCGGCCGACGUGGUGCGGUUGGAGGUCACCCCAGGAAUGCCUUCUCUUCAACCAUUUCCGGGACAUUACUAUUAUUUAUACCAACCCUUUCGACUUACUGGGUGGGAGAGCCAUCCUUUUACCGUUGGAGCUUGGUCUUACGAAAUAGUGGACCGGGACCCAUUGGCACCGACAUCUAAGGGAAAGUCGAUGAAAUCGCAUGAUGUCUCGCAUGUGCCGCUACUUUCAGGCGGUCCUUCCGACCAGGAAUACCAGGGGAACUUAGAAAGUGCCUCAUCUGGCCAAGAAGCAUUGCCGAGGUUGAAGUUGACUUUCUGGGUCCGUCCGUAUGACGGUUGGACCAAACAGUUGCGCCAGCAAUGUCUGAGCUCUCCAAGCAAGACAACCGAAACAACCAUUCUUCUUGAAGGCCCGUAUGGAGAAACCUUUCCACUGUGGAGGUAUGAAUCAGUCUUGAUCAUCGUUGGUGGGACGGGAAUAGCGUCGGCAGUGCCUUACAUUCAAGAUCAUCUCCGCCGAUCUGUUAAAGACUGGGACGAAAGCCCCGAAAAUGAGAAGACACGAGUUAGGGAUAUGGAGCUAGUUUGGACCACAAAACAAGCAGCGUUCAUCCAAGAUAUCUCUCACCGGGAGCUGAAAGACGCCCUCGAACGAGAUGACUUCCGCGCCUCUUUCUACGCUACGCGUGAUUCCACCUCAUCCUCUGAAUGUUCUAACGAUUUUGGAUUCAAUGUUCAGUCAGGCCGACCCCAUCUUCAAUCCCUGAUCAUGAGCCGGGCCUGCGAUGCAUGCUCAGCUGGUAAUAGCCUUGCGAUUCUCGUAUGUGGGCCACCCAGAAUGGCGGAUGAAGCACGUGCCGCAACACAUCUUGCAAUGCGACAAGGCCACUGCUCAAUUAAAUUUGUGGAAGAGUCUUUUACGUGGUAG